AUGAAUAACAUAAACACGUAUUCUCCCCUAUUCAGCUCAUAUGAAAACAUUAAUAUAUACAAACAGAAUAAGCAAUUUGGAGAUGAAGAUUAUGAUACAUCUACUGCCAAUAUUUCAUGCGAUUCCAAAGGAAGGAUACUAAUAAAAGAUAUCGAAAAUGAUAAUAAAAAUAAUUUAACGAGCAAUAAUAGAAUAAUCAAUGUACAUAGUACGAAUUAUAUGAACAAACAUGAAAAACCAGAUUUCACCCCAAUCUCCCAAGUGAGGAAGAAAUCCCCAUUUUUUGUUACAAAUGAGUAUUAUGGAAAAAAUACAAUUAAUAAUCAUAGUAUAUCAACAAAGAAAUAUUUGAAUCCAAUUAAUGCGAUGCAUUAUAAAAACUCAUGUAGACCUCAAAACAGCAGUAGUAUGGGUGACAUUUACUAUGGUAGCAGAUAUGAUGGCAGCUACAAUAGCAAAGUUAAUUGUAGAGAAACACUUGGCGCUAUUUACAAUGACAAUUACAUUUCCAGCCAACCCUGCAAUUCGUUUGUGCAAAAUAUCGCAUCACAUGUGAAGGGACACCCAAAGAUAACCAAGUACAACCCAGUAAACAUAGCAAACAAUUUUUCCUCCUACAAUAUACAUGAUGGAAACGAAAAUAGAAACAUAUAUAAUAAAUUUUGUAAAACAUUAUAUGAGCAAAAUAACCAAGUACUACUAGAUCAAUACAACAGACGAGCACAAUGUCACCAAAAUGGAAAAUAUAAAAAUUGCAAGUAUUCAUCAUAUGACAAUAGCUAUUAUCCAUUUAGUAAUAACAAUGUCGAUUUUCUAAAUACUCAUGAACGCAUGAACUUCUACAGUAAUAAUAACAUAAAGUUGAAAAAACAUGUUCCUUGUAGUAGUAGUAGUAACAUACACAAUGGAUCAUUCUACAUAAAUAAUGAUACACAGAAAUAUUCUAACUUCCAUCUAUUAGAUCCUUCUGAGAACAAAGAACAUGCAUUCACAAAAAAUAUUUUUAAAAUCUUUAACAGAAAAAAAGAAAAGAAUAGAAAUAUAAUUCCGUCAUUCAGUUCUUAUGAGGUUUUACCAAAUUUAGGGAAAGGACAAAGAAGAUGUUCAUCAUCCAUAAAUAAAACAAAUUUAAGUUCUAUAUCCUACUAUAGAAGAAAAGUAAAUAAAAAUGAUACAUCAAAUUCUAAAAGUGAAGGACAUAAUAAUACAUUUAAUAAAAUUUACAAUUUUAUAUUUUCAUCAAAUGCCAAAAAGUCACAAAAUAGUUAUGAAUCCAAAAAAGAGGAAAACAAACCCAUCUCCUCCCCAAGAUACUCCAUUCAUAAUGAACCUCAUCAUAGAUGUAGCAACUUUUAUUUCAUAAAUAAUAAACCCAUACAUAAUAGAAUUAACAAUCCGAUUGGUCAUAAUAUCACAAACAAUCAUAAUAAUAACUUCAUUAGCGACAAUAUCAAAUGGAAUUACAAUAGUAGCAACAGUGCUGACGCCAUUUCUCCUCCUAAUUAUCUUUCAUUUAUUAACCAAGAUCAUAUUAAACAUAUCACUCCUGCAUCUAUCUCUCAAAGUAGGAGUGCAAAUGUUUCCGUUCAACAAGAUGAUUCGAUUUCAAAGCUGUAUUCUGAGCACAAGUCCGGGAUACCCAUUGGCAACCCGAGGAGUAGUGCAUUAUCGCACAAAAAUCUUCAGGUCGACGAUAGGCAUAAGUAUCACGAAAAAAUUGUCACCAAUGUUUAUCAGUUCACAGGAGGAGGCACUCAAAAAGAGUGCAAUUAUAAAAACAAAAACGAUUCAAAAGGUGCUACAAAAGGUGCUACAACUGGUGCUACAACUGGUGCUACAACUGGUGCUACAAACGGUGCUACAAACGGUGCUACAAAUGGUGCUACAAACGGUGCUACAAAUGGUGCUACAAACGGUGCUACAAAUGGUGCUACAAAAGGUGCUACAAAAGGUGCUACAAAAGAUAAUUUAAAAAGUGAUCCACAAAAUGCCCCCCAAAAAAACGUCCAAGGGAGUGUUAACCCGUCAGACGGAGUGACCAACCAAAUCCAAAAGAGAAACCACAGUCAUCAUUUUGGCAUCGCGAAAGACAAGCCGAAACCAUCAUCUCCUAAGCAAAAUGAAAAAAAUGGAUCGUCUCCAAACGUUCCUACGAUUAAUAUGAAGGCCGAAAUGACAAACAACAAUAUAACAGAAGAACAUGAUAAUAAUAACGCAGGAAAUGAAGAGAAAAAAUCAUUCUCAAAGAAAAUAACCCAAUUGAUUAACUGUAUGAAUGACAACAAGAAUUUGAAAAGUAUAAAAAAGGAAUGUCGUACAGGAGAACAAAAGAAGAAAAUGGAUUACCAUAACACACAUCCUCCUAGUGAUACGACAGAAAAAAUACACCAACUAUUCACUGAUGAAAUGAAAAAUAUAUAUAGAAAUUCCAUAGGAACUGACAGUAAUUCCAUAAAAAUUGUAAGUGAUAAUGACAAAAAUAACAAUAAACAAAAUAUAUACAACUAUAGCACAAUAAUACAAAAUAAUUUUAUUAACAACCCAGAUAAAAGGUCCAAAAUUUUAGUAGGUAUAAAAAAUGAAAAUGGAACGCAAAAUAAAAAUGCUAACAAUGUAGAAUUUAUAAACGUGAACAAAUACAUAAAUAACAUAUUCAAAACGAACUCUCAUAAUAAUAAUAAUGAUAAUAUGGAUUCAGUUAAUCAGCAAGACACGUCCAUUAGCAAGUAUGAAAAGGAAGACAAUACUUUGAGAAGUAACAAUAACUUUGAAAAAUAUACAAAUAUGAAUGCUAAAGUCAGCACUAUCAACAAUGAACCUUAUAAACCAAACCUAGAUUUCAUGCCAAAUUUUGACCAUCUGCCAGUGAGCAAUGCAUACCGUUUACAUGAACUUGAAAAAAAACAUGGAGUUAUAAAUGUCUCAAACCCAUGUGCUACUGGAAAUAUGAGCGGAAUGAACGAAAAUACAAAUCAUUUAAUAAGGCAAUGCAUUUUAAAUAAAUUUCUAUACGAACGAAAAAAACGAGAAAAUUCCACAGAAAAUAAUGGGAAAAAUAGUAUAUCCAAUAUCAUGAACACAUUAACACAUGUAAAUGAAAGAAAAUUUCCUCAUGUCACAUAUGGAAGUAAUAAGGAAAAUCCAAUUGUGAACUUAAUAAGCAGAAAUAAUAAAAAAAUUCAUAAUAUCGAAUGUAAUAUCGAUGUAGUUGAUGACAAAGCGCACGCCAUUCAAUGUUUAAAAAAUUUAUAUAAUAUAAAAAACGAAGACCAAAUAGGAAAUAACAUCAAAACUAACCAUGAACAUAUAACCGCAUUUUAUUUAUCCAAUUUGAUGAAUGAUGAAAUGAACAAACUCGACCUGGAUAAUUCUUAUAGAAACCAAAACGAAUACAUAAAAUCUAUCACCUCAACCUCGGCUGAUGAUAAAGAACAUUCUUGUCUAGCGCACAAGACGAACUUACAAGAAUUUGCAUUUAUAAACAGUCAUGCUACGGGAAUGGAACGCCACAAUGAAACAAGAAACGAUGUUGAUUUAAGAAGUGAUGAUGAAUAUAAUAGGACAUUAAAAAAGGAAAAAAGAAAAAAAUCAGGAAAAAAAAAAAAAAAAAAAAAAAAUGUAAAUUCCGACAUUGAUCAAAUAUUACAGCUAAAAUCGAAGAUCUAUAAUGAAUUAAAUACUUGCCUAAAAUGUAUUAACAGUUUAACAAAAAAUAAAAAAUUAUUUGAACAGUUAAAAAAGUAUAAAAAUAAACUUGAUAAGAAAUCACAAUUGCAAGAUAAUACACCUGAAAAAAGCUGUUCAGACGAAAUGGAGUCUUAUUAUACCAUGAAAAAAUCUUACCACUCAUCCUUUCUUUGUAAUGAAAACACAAACGCAGAUGCGGUAAGUGCUAAUGAUUAUUUAAAAGGACAUCAAAACAACAUUACAUCAAAUGAUACAAGAAAUAACAUUUCUCUGAGCAUUACUCCAAGUGAAAAAAAAAUCGAAAUGAUGAAAAAUGACAACCUUUUAAAAAAUAACCAUAAUCAUGGAAAUUCCAGAAUGCAUCAGAUAGACCCGAAUACUUUUCAAAGAGAACAAAUUUGUAUCAACGAUUCUGGAAAAAAAAAAGACAAUGUGCGUUUUAGUUUGUAUGAUAAACAUGUAUUUAAAACAAAUCCAAGUAGGAAAAGAGAAAAUGAAGAAUUGAAGGAUUUAUAUUUAAAAAAUGAAACGAGCAGAUAUUCCUUGUACGAAGAAAAAUCCCCUUAUGUUGGAAAAAGAAAAGCUCUACUUGUCACAUUAAAUUAUAAUGGAUUGUUAGAAGGAAGCGUAAAUGAUACCAUAGAUAUGUGUGAACACUUAAUAGGGACGUUCAAAUUUAAUGAGUUAAUUUUGCUUAAUGAUUGUAAUAUAUGUUAUAAAAAUUUUGUUACUCAGAAAGCUAAUAAAAAUAAUAUAAUAAACCAUUUACAUGAAUUUGUUAUGAAUUCCAAUAAUGGAGAUAUUUUAUUUUUUUAUUUUUCUGGAUAUUCAAUUAAAAUAAUUGAUUCAAAAUUCUCUCAAAAUAAUAACUUUGCAUUAUUACCACAAGAUUAUUCAAAAAAUAAUUAUAUUUAUUCAAAUGAAAUAUUUAGCAUAAUUAAAAAAUUACAAGGUGGAAAACAAUUAUGUAUUAUUUUUGAUACUACAUAUACUUCUUAUUUUGUCCCUACGUAUACCUCAAUCACAUAUAACAAAAAUAUUAAUUCAACGGAAAUUUCCAAAAAUUCAUAUUUGAUGACAACUAGUAAGAAGAAUGUGUAUUCGCUAAAAACAUUUGGAAAAAUAAGAGAUAGACAUGUUGAACCCAUUUAUGUGGAAAACUUAAGACUACCUUUGUCGCAUGAUUUUUACAAACAAGAGGAGGAAAAGAAACAGAAUCCAAAGAAUCCAAAAGAUGCAAUAGUCCCCUCAAUCUUUUUCUUCUCUCCCGAUGUGAAGGAUAGAGGAAAUUUUGAGCUUGUCAUCAAAAAUAAUGUUAGGGGUUUACUAACUUACUGCAUCGGAAAGGCAAUUACAAUUUUGAAAAAAGAUUUUUCCUACCAUGACUUGUUCGUCGUUGCAUCCCAAUUAUUAGUGAACAUCAAGAAGGAAUACAAAUUAAAAUAUAUAAAAUUUAAACUGUCCUUUCUAAAUGAUCACUCUCCGGAUGAUAUAAAAUUUUUAUCUCAUGAAAGUCUUCUACUAAGGAAAAAAGAAAUGCCAGAAGAAGAACCCCUAUGGAAACCUUCCUUACGAUUAAACAAUUUUAAUGAAUAUAUGAAAGAUAUUUGUAAACUCAAGGAGAAAAAAUCACAAAUAAGUUUUUCCAAAAAGUGCUUGUUAAUUUUUAUUAAGGAUAUAAAAUUAUCAACACUCGCAAAAGUGGACCAUUCCAUUGAAUAUUUCGUUAGUUGUUUUCUCAAACCUAAGGGAGUCAACAUUUUGUACGUCAGGAGAAACAACACGAAAUGCCAAAAAAUCGUGAGGGAUAAAAUAUUCUUUCUAGAGUACAUUAUUUUGAACGUCUCUGACCAGGAAAAUACCAAAAUUUACGUGGAGUUAUUUAAAAGAAAGAAAAAAAAUUACUUCUUCGCUAGGAGCAUAUUUAGGAUAAGUAACACAAGCGGAGUUUUUUCCCUCAUUGAUGAAAAGAAAAAUAUCAUUGGUAUCAUCGAUUUGAGCAUUAAAUGCGUUUCAUAA